AUGGCCAAUGAAGGAAACCCUUGUCCUUGUGAUAUUGGUGAUCGGAUGGAUUAUGGUGGGCUUGGUCAGGAGGUCCAAAUAGAGCAUGUGAAAGCAUAUGUAGUGAAACCCACCACCACAUCUGACAGGGCCAUUAUUGUCAUUCAGGAUAUUUUUGGGUGGCAGCUUCCCAACACCAGAUACAUGGCCGAUAUGCUGGCUGCUAAUGGUUACACGGAAGUGGAUGCAGUGCUGAAGUUCUUGAAGGAGCAGUGCGGGGCCAAUCGCAUUGGAGUCGUGGGUUUUUGCUGGGGAGGGAUUGCCACGCAUUACCUGGCCUUACAGUAUCCAGAGAUUAAAGCUGGAGUAUCAGUUUAUGGCCUGGUUCGAGAAGGGGAGGACCGAUUUGGGCUGAAGAGCCCGACGCUAUUCAUCUUUGCGGAAAAGGAUGAGGUCAUCCCUCUUCAACAGGUUCAAGUCCUGGAGGCAAAGCUGAAGGAGAAAUGCUCCGUGGAUUACGAGGUGAAAAUAUUCCCCGGUCAGACUCACGGCUUUGUCCACCGCAAGAGAGAGGACAUCAACCCCGCUGACAAACCCUACAUCCAGGAGGCCAGAGCAGACAUGCUCAAUUGGUUUAACAAGUAUAUGUAG